CAACUUCCCAGAUCCAUUUAAAGCUUCCACAUCCCCAUCUACUUUUCCCAUUUCAUCUCUGCAGCAAACAAACAAAAAACAAACUGCGCAUUCACUCUGUCCCAUCCAUCUUCUCUGCCUGGCCACUACGCCUGGACGUUUGGUAGGAAGUGUAGCUCCUGAUAGUGCGAUUACUCGUGGCAGAGCUCUUGCAGGCCAAAGCAAGCCGCGACGUCCGCUUUCUCAAAGUUCGGCCAUCUGAACCGUGAUUUGAGAGCAAGCUUCUGAUUGGGGACCCAUUCACAACCACCCCAUUAUCAUCAGAUUUAUUGCCCGUCUGCUUCAGUUUCGGCCAUCUUGUGUUCAACCAACCCCCGCAGGCCAUAGCAACACAUCCACACAUUUUAUCUGUUUUCUCAGUCUGUAUAUUCAACAAUGGCAUAUACCAAUGAUGCCGUGUUGUCGAAGCUCUCGGCUCUAAACGAGACGCACGAGAGCAUCGCAACGACAGCUCAGUGGAUCAUGUUCCACAGACGCCAUGCAGCCCAGACAGUCAACCUGUGGCUUGGUAAACUGAAGGACCUACCACCGCCCAAGAGGCUCAACAUGAUUUAUCUCGCCAAUGAGGUGACUCAGCAGAGUAAGGCUCGCCACAAGGAGGAUUUCAUCAUUGCCUUUGCCCCUAUUAUCGCCGAGGCCACGGCGUCGGCAUAUAAGGGUGCCAAUUCCGAGGUUCAGAAUAAGCUUCGCAGAGUUGUGGAUGUCUGGAGGGAUCGCAGCGUCUUUGACAGAGAGACUAUCCAGGGCUUGUAUGAGCGCAUGGGAGAACUUGACAAAUCACGCCCUACUAACAAUGGCGGUACCUUUGGCGGCUCUGGUUUCCACUCGUCAGGCCCACCUGUUCCCUCUGAGCUCAUGCCGUUGGUUGCUCAACACCAGGCCGUCACUAGAAGUGCCACUCCCAUGAAAGCCGCUCUCAGCAACGCCCAGACAGAGUACGAGAAGCUUUCCGACCCAGCCACCGCACAGGCGACGGCGCUGCCUCUUCAGGCGGCUCGUCUGAAUGGGUUGCUCAAGAACCUGGCCAACGCCGAGGGUGCUGUCGCGGAGAGCCUGCGCACCCGAAAGGAGAUGAUCAGAAGCCUAGAGAAGCUUUUGGCCGAGAACCAGAACGCUCUCCAACAGGAGGAGGCUCAGAUGAAGCUGCUCAGCGGCCGCAGGACUGAGAUUGAGCACAAGAAGAACCAGGUCGAGGCAACCAUCCUUAGCGGCCAGGUCACCAAACAGGAGGAUAGAACCUCUACCGAGCCCGAGCCUCCUCAGUUUGAGGCACUGACGCCACCUCCCCAGAGCGAUGCCGACGACGAGCACGUUCAGAGCGACCCUAUCAAAACCGAGCAGAAUGGCAACAAUGGUGUGCCUCAGCAGACCCCCACAUUCCCAGUAGUUGCCCCGGGGAUUGAGAUGCUGUCUAGCGUUGCUGCAAACUACCAAGCUGUGCCUAUCAACGGGUCCAAUAAGAAGCGCAAGGUAGCGCCGUCGGAUGACUUCCCGGAUCUUGGAAACGAUGGCAUUGACGAGGAUGUUAAGGAGAUGUUGCGGAAGGAUGGUCAGAGUGCCUGAGAUUGCUGGGUUCCGACACUGGGUUAAUCUAGGAAACGCGUUUUCUGAAAUCUGCAUACUGGAGGUUUCAUUGCAUUUUGAUUGUGUUUGUAUAUACUCCCCAGACCAGCCACCAACCUAAGAGUGUAGGUAUAACGCUCUAAAUCCUGUGUGUUCUGUUGUGCAAUAAUAUACUUUCGACUGAGCCAACCUCCCAGCCCAUCCAUUAUGCAAAACCCCAACCAACCCAAUUGGUAUCCCAAAACGCC